UGAUCAGCAAUGCAACUUCAAGAGUGGUCAGUCAUACAGGAGUAUCUGAGAGGAGUUUAUUAUAGAGGGAAAGUAUGUCUUGUUGAGGAAGCACAGGGGUAACAGUAGUUAUCGCGAAUUUGCUAAUCGUUGUCUAUCGCGUAAUUUAUAAUAAGGAAAAUAAAAACGGCGAAGAUGGAAAGUGAUUGUCUGACUUUAAGGGACCUGAUAAGUCCGCGUAAAGUCAGAACAGCUAUUGAGGACAACGUUGGCAAAAAUGAUCAGAAGGAGAAUGUGAGGCUAGAAAGAAGGAAAGUGACUCCUCACAAAAGUGACGCCACAUCCACAUCUACUAACGGCAAGAAGGCACAAGCCUCUGAGUUCAUUCACAUCACCCCCAUAAAGCAUCCUGACAGAGUCCACCCAGACCCCUGGACCCCCACAGCCAACCUGAAGAUGUUGAUCAGUGCGGCUAGCCCAGACAUCAGGGACCGAGAGAUCAAGAAAAUCCUCUUCCGACCCAUUGAGAAUGAAGAAAAACUGGUGGUAGUGGAGGAAGAGGAAGAAGAUGCAGAAUUGGAUGACUCCUGCCAGUUUGAUGUGGUGGAAGACUGUGGGGAUGAAUUUGAGAAGCGGCCCAGCCGGAAGCAGAAGAGCUUGGGUCUGCUGUGCCAGAAGUUCCUGGCCCUCUACCCUGAUUACCCAGCAUCCUCUGAAACCAUCAGUAUCUCUCUGGACGAGGUGGCCACGAGCCUGGGUGUUGAGCGCCGGCGCAUCUACGACAUCGUGAACGUGCUGGAGUCGCUAAUGCUGGUGAGCCGCAUGGCCAAGAACCAGUACGUGUGGCACGGACGGCCACGCCUCAGCCAGACCCUGCAGGAACUGCAGCAGCAAGGCCGACGCCAGCGCUACCACCUCCAGAUGGAGCAGACGACUGCAGCCACGGCGACGCGUGGAGGGGCCACGCAGCGGAGCGAGGAGGGAGAUGGCGCUUUCGGCACGGCUUGCAGGAGGAAAGACAAGUCCCUGCGCAUCAUGAGCCAGAAGUUUGUCAUGCUCUUCCUGGUGUCCAAAACCCUCACGGUGACCUUGGACAUGGCUGCCAAGAUCCUCAUCGAGGAGAGCCAGGACGCUGCCAAUCACAGCAAAUACAAAACUAAGGUACGACGUCUGUAUGACAUAGCCAACGUCCUGACGAGCCUGUCCCUCAUCAAGAAGGUCCACGUGAGGGAGGAGAAGGGCAGGAAGCCCGCCUUCAAGUGGAUCGGCCCCGCCGACUUCCACACCAUCACCGAGGAUUCUGUGGCGGUCAGUGGCAUCCCCUUGCCUCAGGUCAAUGCUGAAGCCCAUCUCACGGUGCCAGCGGGCAGAAGGGAGAAAUUUACACGCCACGCCUCCUUCCAGGUGGUGCCCACCUCCGCUGCCAACCUCAGACUCACAAGCUCAGCGCCCAGCACACCAAACGGUGAUAACUCAGGUCAUCGGGUCGAACCCCUGGAUUUUUCCAGAAAGCUGGGGAGCAGCGCCGCGUGCCGUCUUCAGUUCGGAGAGGCCCCUGGUCUGCAGACUCCAGUGGGUCAGCGCUCCCCAGUGGGUCCCCAGGUGGGGUCCCCAGGCCUCGCCCCGCUGGCCCUCCCCAUCUCCAUUCCCGAGGGGGCCUACAGUGUCCCCACGGCACCUCCCGGCGCCGCCUCCUUCCCCCAGCCCCACCUUGCCUACCUGCCCAGCCUCUCCCAGCCCUCCAUCCUCAUGCUGUACGGGGGCCCGGCCCCCGAGGGUCAGGGUCAGGGGUCGUCGCCCAGGGCGGCAGAGGUCAGAGAGAAGAGGAAGAGCGUGAAUGAGGAGGAUGCGGAGCCGAGGACGGCGGGCAAACGAGAGCGACGCGAGGAAGAACAGAAGGCUGAAGCAGAGGGUGCUCAGCAGGGCCCCAGAGUUUCUACCCACUGCCUGCAGCUCGGCGUGCCCGUCAGCGAGGCCCAUUCCCGGGACGAGGGAGAGAGACGUAGCCCUGCGGUGGCCCAACCUGCAUCACACUACCUCUACGUUCCCAACUCUGCAGGCCUGAACUUCCUCCUCUCCGCGGGUCACUCUGCAGGCGGCGUGGCCAUGUCCCCCGGCGGUGUGGCGCUGUCCCCGGGCGCGAUGUCCUCUCUGGCCGUGCCCUACGUGCUAGUGCCCUCCUCCGCCCUCUCCUCCUACCCGGCGGCACUGCUCACCAACGGCUCCGUGGACUCGCACGCCCACCCGCCGGGCAUCGGUUUCAACGUGCCGACCAUGAUGUCGCCCGCGCACUUUGUGGUCAGCCCAGGUGCCUUCGCCUUGGCGUCCCCCUCCACUACGCUGUCCGCCCCGGAGCACUCCUUCCUGGGGGUCUCGGCUAUCCCGGCGUCCCCUGCCACGGUACAGAGGCAGCAUGACCGCUUGCCUCUCUCUGACCCUCACACCCCUCUGACCCCUAAGGAGGCCAUGGUCCCCGGCUCUAAGUCCUUCUUCCAGACGCCAGGCACCCUGGGAAGCACGCCCGUCACCUUGGAGACACGCAAGCGAGGCUCUGCCCAGAGGAGACUGGACAUCGGCAACCCAGUGGCCAACUGAAGGUCACGUGGAGGUUGUCCACCCCCCUACGCUACGCCCCCCCCCCCCCCCCCCCCACACACACACAGAUGCCUCCACUCUGGCGGCCUCAGCUGCGGCGUGAAGUGGUGCUCUAUGGGACUCCUGGCACUCCACCGCAGCUUCGGUGGUUACGCAGCAGGGUGGACGUGCUGAAAGGGCUUGAACAGCUGCAACGACUGAUGCAGGGAUUUCACUUGUUAAAGUCUUUUAUAGAUAUCAGAUGAUCACACUGCCCUCUUGUGGUCACUGUAAAGCAUAUGAGUGGGGGGUAGGGGGUACAUUUAAAAUUCAAUCCCUGCUUCUAAGCAUGACCAAAAAAAAAAAAAGGCUACCUGACCCAUUUCCUCUGUUUAAAUUGUUACAUUAUUAAUAAUUAUUCCCCAACAUUAUUUAUAUGUGAUAUUUUCUUAAUGGGAAAAAUUGAGCACUACUUUUUGAGUUCCAGUAAGGUCUAAAACAGUUCAUUUAACCAAGCAAAGCAUUAUAGGCCAGAAGGUAAACAGUACCUUAGCGAACCUAAAAGCUAUGUCUAUCAGUGUUAGAAUCUUAUAUUGAACAGGGUAAUGUUUUAAAAAUAUAUAGAUAUACAAAAUGGCAGAAAGAUUUGUUUUAGGGUUUCUAAAGAGUUUUCCAGGACUGUACUGGUUAGUUAUAACGUGUUAUAUUAGACCUCAAGGUUUCAUCAAAACCUCCCAUUUCAGGAAUGCAGUCCUAUUUUUCUAAAUAUGCAAACACUAGAGUAAACAAAGUAAUACAAAGCCUUGUUAUUGUCCUGCGAAAGUCAAUAUUCAAAAGGUUUUUCAGAAUGUGCCUUGAUUUUAUCCUGUGUUGUGUUGUGCAUCUUUGUACAUGCACCCAUUGCUGUGUGAUUGUAGGGUUAUAUCCCAUGGGACAUGGGUUCCAUUGGCUUAGCUUGUGCCAUAUGUUAUCACUUCUGACAUUAAACACGUUCCAAGAAGCCUCAGAGGUUAGGAACGUUUAGAGAACCCAGGCAUAACGUUUAGAAAACACUGCGUGGCGGUCUCUUCAAGCAGACCCCAGCCAGAGCCACACUAGUGAAUGUCGGAACAUACUUGAAAUGAAGUGACAAUGUUUUUCACCUGGCAAGCACCCAGGGUGGCUUAUCACUUAUCCUAGGUACUGUAAGAAAAUGUGCCAAAUAUCUCUGUCCUGGUGCUUGUGCUUUUGAGUUGCAGGAGGUUUGGUGCAUAUAGGAUGACUGUGUUCACAAAAAAUGUGAAAAGAUCAUUAACUUGAACUGUGGAUACUUUUUUUUUACCUAGCCUUAUGUUUUGUAGUAUUUGUAAUUAUUAAUGUUUGUGUACUCUUGUCAAUAUGUUGAUGCUUCAACAUGGCUGUAUGUUAAUUUAAUGCUGCUUUUUAAAACUUCCAUUACACUGUUAGUUUAUACCCCUCCAUCUGCUCCUGCCUAGGUCAUAUGUACAUCCAUUCACCACAGUGUUCCUUUUAGAAGAGCCCUUAUAACAGUCAUGGACCAAACUGGUGUCAUAUUACAAAACAAACUUUUGAAUAAAACUGUUAAAUUA